AUGGCGACACCAACAGAAAGUGAGCUCGCCUCACCGAUUCCUCAAACAAAUCCGGGUUCAUACGAAGAACUCCACCGCAAAGCUCGUGAUGUCUUCCCAACAUGUUUCGAAGGAGCCAAGCUGAUGGUUAAUAAAGGACUGAGUUCGCACUUCCAGGUUUCUCACACUCUUUCUCUCUCUGCAAUGAACACCGGAUACCGAUUUGGAGCAACAUAUGUAGGAACCAAUCAGGUUGGACCGGCAGAAGCUUACCCAAUUCUUCUUGGAGACACUGAUGUAAAUGGAAACACUACCGCAACCAUACUUCACCAACUUGGAAUAUACCGAACAAAACUUCAAGGGCAAAUCCAGCAAGGAAAAUUGGCUGGUGCGCAAGCCACAAUUGAGAGAAAAGGCCGUCUCAGCACGCUGGGUCUCACUUUGGCAAACAUUGAUCUUGUCAACGAAGCUGGUAUCUUGGUUGGACAGUUUUUGCGGAGACUUACACCCCGUCUUGAUGUGGGAACUGAGAUGGUAUAUCAGUAUGGAAAGAAUAUUCCUGGAGGACAGAUCUCAGUGCUUUCGUAUGCAGCUCGAUACACUGCAAAUCAUUUCAUCGCAGCUGCCACACUCGGGGCAUCCGGAGUACACCUAACUUACUAUCACAAACAAAAUGAAAACUUGGCGUUCGGAGUCGAAUUUGAGUGCAAUGCCAAUGUUGGAGAAGCCGUCACCACGCUAGCCUAUCAAACCGAGCUGCCAGAGGAAGGUGUAACCAUGAGAGCUAGCUUUGACACUAACUGGACUGUUGGUGGUGUAUUCGAAAAACGUCUCAGUCAGCAGCUCCCAUUCACCUUGGCUCUAUCGGGUACUCUUAACCACGUGAAGGCUGCUGGAAAGUUCGGAAUCGGACUUAUCAUUGGUUAAUUCGUUGCUCACUGUCCUCUUGUUUAUCUGUUGACAAUACGACGAAGUAUUCAUUCUCUUACUUUUUCUCAAUCAUUUCUCUCCUCGCCGUCUCAUAAGUUGUUAUUCGUCUUUUUCCCCUUUAUUUUUUAGUUUUAGGAUUAGCACAUAUGCCUAUUAUUUAUAGGUUGAAUUCCAUCAAUCAAUCCAACAGUCUUCCAUUAAUUCGUUGACAUUCUUUGUUUUUUUCUUAUCGUCUUUUUAGAGCGGUUUUAGUAGUAAUAUGAAUUUAUUAUCGUUUCCCCUUCCUCUAGAGUUUCCUUUGUUGGUUUAAGUGCAUUUCAUGACUCUUCAGUACAGAACCAGUGAAGGAGAAUCAUAAGCAUAUAAUUUUAAUUUUCUGUUAUGGCCUUUAAUAAAAUUGAAACCAG